AUGUCGUCAUCUAUUACGAUUCCAACUAGCAGAAAUUCCAAUAAGGCUACGACCACGGCGAGCCCAAGUACGGCACUUGCAAAGGAAGAACAUACUACCAUCAACAUUGGAGAUCCUGAUGGUACUCCAAGACUUAUCACCUGUGUUCGUUCUUCACAAGGGUUUGAUUGGAAUCCUGAAAUCUUCCUCCCUUCCUAUAUGGAAUCUGACUUUGAAUCACUCGAACGAAAGCGCGACCCUGUCCAUGAGAUUCGAUUGAGUGACGAGGAAAUCAAACAAAUGUUUCCCCAAUAG